UUUUCUUCGUACACAGGCUUCUACGAUUCCUCUCUCUCUAACUUUCUUCAAGUCCUUUGAAAGUUAAGGACAAUUUCCUUCUUUCUCUCUCUAAAAGUAGUUUUCUUCGCAGGAGGGUUUUCAUGUUAAUGUUACCCUCUCAUUCUUUUUAUAUCGGACACUUUGAAUUCUCUCUCAUAACUCUUUUUGAGCAUUUGGGCAUUGAGCUCUGCACUUUGUUGUCUUUUGGGUCACAUAUAAAAUCCUCUCUCUAGAACUAUCUCGGGCUUUGUUUAAUCUCUGAAAUUCUCAGAGUCCUCUCUCUCUCUAAAAGAUUUUUUUGGGCUUUGUUCGUUCUCUGCAACUCACAAUACCCUCUCUCACUUUCUAAAAUUUCUUUCGGCGAUUUGGGAUAUAUUGAUUCUCUCGGUACCUUAUUUAUAUGAGUGAGAAUGAGGGAAGAGAGGGGAACACUAACGCUCACAGAGUCGGGUAAAGCUCGAGGAAAGCUCUCAAACUUGAUGCACUCAGACCCAAACAUAUCCUCCAUGAACAACGAAGACGAAUUCGCGAGAGACAGCAAUGCAUCGACGGCGAGCCCGAGUUAUUACUCAGAUCGAAACCGGAUAAGCGCCGAAGGUUCGCCCUUUAACAUGUCUCCAUGGCACCAGACUUCACCUUAUACUAAAUCUCCAUGGACUCAAGCUUCACCGGUGAUACCAUUCGCCGAUGAUAGUUUCCCAGCUAAUGGCCUUAUUGGUUCUUUAGUGAGAGAAGAAGGGCAUAUCUAUUCAUUGGCAGCAGCUGGUGAGUUGCUUUACACAGGCUCUGAUAGUAAAAACAUCAGGAUCUGGAGAAACAGACAAGAAUAUGCAGGAUUUAAAUCGAAUUCGGGCCUGGUUAAGGCCAUUAUAAUCUCUGGUGAAAAGAUAUUUACCGGUCACCAGGAUGGUAAAAUUCGGGUUUGGCGAGCGUCGAGUCGAAACCCGAAAUCCCAUAAACGUAUAGGGACCUUGCCUAAGCUUAAGGAUUUCAUUAAGUGCUCGCUCAAGCCGAGCAAUUACGUCGAGGUGAGGCGGAACCGCAACUCUCUAUGGAUCCGACACUACGACGCGGUGUCUUGCCUCAGCCUAAACGAGGAUCAUGGCCUCUUAUACAGUGGCUCAUGGGACAAGACCCUAAAGGUGUGGCGAAUCUCCGACUGCCGCUGCUUGGAGUCCAUCAAUGCUCACGAUGACGCGGUGAAUUCAGUGGUGGCCGGCUUCGACGGACUCGUUUUCACUGGCUCAGCCGACGGAACCGUGAAAGUGUGGAGACGCGAGCUCUCAGGCAAAGGGACACGGCACGUAUUUUUACAGGCGCUGCUGAAGCAGGAGUGCGCAGUGACCGCUUUGGCCGUCAACCCGGCUGCCUCGGUGCUGUACUGCGGCUCAUCGGACGGGCUCGUAAAUUUCUGGGAGAGAGAAAAGAGGCUCUCUCAUGGCGGUGUCUUGAGGGGACACAAGCAAGCGGUGCUAUGCUUAGCAACCGCGGGUCCUCUUGUGCUCAGUGGUGGAGCUGAUAAGGCCAUAUGUGUAUGGAAGAGAGAAGGUGGCCAACACAUGUGCCUCUCCAUACUCAGCGGACACAUGGGCCCGGUAAAAUGCAUAGCCAUGGAGCCCGAUAGAGAGGCCGGGUCCGCUGCAUCCAACGGGAAAUGGAUCGUGUAUAGUGGGAGCCUGGACAAAUCCGUCAAGGUUUGGAAGGUGUCGGAGCAGGCGCACGAGUACCCAACACCUCGCGUGUCUGGGGGGUUUCACGACGAGACACCCGUGUCGGGUGAGUCACACGGGUUGAUUGGGAGGGAGGAGGACGAUGACUUUGACCCACGAAAGAGGGACGACGACCCGGAGUUUGACCCGCGGGGGCCCGUCGAGCCGCCCGUCGCGGACAGUUCGAAUGGCCGUAAGCUCGAGACACGCUUGUCGAGGAAUAAGCAGGGGACAUUCGCGUCGCACGUGGUGCCUCUCCUCUCUCCUGGCCGAGUCAGCCAGAAGGUCAAGAAGCGGUUCGGGUGACCCUUCCUAUCUUUUUUUCCAGCUCCAUUCCACACCACCCUCACACCACGAUUCUCGUGGCACCUGUAGCAACGAAAUCGGAAUCGCAAGGGAGAAGAUAACUGGUGACCACCUUAACUGGGUUUGGCGCGUAUCACAAUUCGCACGUGCCUCGACUGUAUACAGGAAGGACUGGAGGGGGGAGAUGGGUCUUUUGAUUUUUUUUUUGGGGUAAUUGUUUCUUUGACAUAUCGCCAAGAGCUAAUUUGUUUGAUUAAUUA